AUGUUGACCGAAACAUUCCUGACAAACGAACCGGAGGAACAAAUCAUACAACACUACAAAAGUUUCACUGCGGGAGCGCAAAAGACUAAGGGAAGACCAAGCGGAGGACUAGCUAUACUCGCAUCCGCGCUGAUCCCCAAUAUGAAAACGAUGUUCAAGAACGAAUAUGCUCUUGGAGUUCAAGACGAAAAUACAACGUACAUUGUGGCAUACUACAAACCGAACACACCAGUAGCUGAGAUCAUAAUCGACAUCCACAACAUAGUGAACAAAAUAGUCACGAAGUCUGUGAUACUCUACGGCGACUUCAAUUGCCGCAUCGACGUAGAAGACUCCAGAGCCAGGAGCCUCAUAGAAGCCUUCCUUUUGCUCAAUCUACAUCUCCUAAACAAAUCGCAAGAUACGACAUAUAUCGCACAUAAUGGUCGAAGCACAAUCGACCUGAUCUUCGUCACGGCUGACCUAGUCCCCUUCACCAAGAUGAAGAUAAUGCCAACCGUUGACAGAAAACAUCAACGCAUCAUCGUCGACAUCCCCUCGCUCGAACCCGAAGCAGAAAUCAAAGGGAAGCGACCGAUGAGUGCAAUCCGGAAAGUGGAUCACAACAAGCUCGUUGUUAAUCUAUCGAACUCUAUCGAACGCGCAGAACCCAGCCCAGACGACUCAUACAUGAACCUGCUGGGAGCCAUCGAGAAGGCGGCGAUUAUGGAAACGCACAAAGGCAAACCGAAGAACAAGCCAUGGUUCGACGAGGAAUGCAACACCCUGAAACAACUGGCGCUGAGCAAAAUUCGCACUGAGGACUACACCAAACACCGAAGAAAGUACAAAGACGCCAUUAAGAAGAAACGAUGUGAACACGAACUCAAGGAACUCGAAAAAAGAGUUCACGCAAGUAGAGCGAAACCGUGGUUAAUGCUACCAAGAAGGAAAGCCCCCUGCAUCCCGAAGAUCGAGAUUUCGGAUUUCGAAGAUCACUACGGCAGGCUGUACUCGAAUACAGAGCCCACGCACCCGGAGGAAAACGACGACCACGACGAACACGAAGACAACAACGAGAUAUGGUACAAUGAAUAUAUCACCAACGAAGAAGUCGCGGCGGUGAUAAGUAGAUUGAAGAGACACAAGGCAGUCGGACCAGAUCGAAUCGCCGCGGACGUCCUGAAGGAUAACGAGAUACUGACCCCUCUCAUCACCCGUAUAUUCAACGAAAGCUUCGACUCAGGAACGAUCCCGGACUCCUGGCGCAUAGCUUAUGUGAAACCGCUCUUCAAGGGGAAAGGAUCGGCAGACGACCCGAACAAUUACAGAUGCAUCAAUCUCGCAUCUCACAUGUACAAAGCCUUCACAAGCACGAUCACUAACCGCCUGAUUCAACACUGUCUACCGUACAUCUCUGAGAAUCAACACGGUUUUCUACCACAUCGAUCAUGCGAGGACGCGAUCGAGGCACUGAUGAAACUCGUGGAGGAAAACACCAAACCCACAUAUGCAGUAUUCGUGGACUUCAAGACAGCCUUCGACAACGUGAACAGAAAGAAACUUAUUCAGACCAUCGAGGAGAAAUUCCACAUCAAAGGGAAGAUGCUGAACAUCCUUAGAUCGAUACUCCAGCCGAAUAGUCUCAUCAUCGACAACGGAACACACCUAAGCGAACAUAUCAGACAACAUAAAGGAGUAGUGCAAGGCGACGCAAACUCUCCGCUCCUCUUUGUCCUUUUCAUCAACGGCCUACUCGAGAGACUGGAACGUCGAAAAACACUCGUCAAAAUGUACGCCGACGAUCUUGUUAUCGCGUCGGACGACGCGGACGAAGUACAGAGAGCACUAUCGGCUCUCACGAUCUGGUGCGACGAGAACGAGAUGUCCGUCAACACCGACGAAAACCAAAGCGAUGAAGUUCCGAAAAGCAGGCGCACUCGAACGGCGACCGUCACCAUAUGCCUCGGAGAUUUGCGAAAGCUACCUCUCAACCUGGCAAUGAAAAUCUACGACAUGAAAAUCAUGGCCAUCGUACGGUACGGAAUGUCGACGAUAGCGCCACACCUCGCCAAGACCACGAUGACCGAGCUCGACAAGAGCAAGACAAUCUUCCUGAAAGCGACCCUCGGACUCAGCAGGGAGAGCCUCAAGAUCAAGAGGGCCAAACACCAUAAUGCAGGCUUCACCACCGGACCAGCGUUCACCGGAGAGACAUGGAAGAAAGCCAACCAGAAAAACAGGGCCUACAUAUGCCGCGAUCACCAAUCGAAUGUCAAUAUUCUUAUGCCUGAAAUUUACAUGAAACGGGCGCUGUGUCUCAACCGCGCGGCGCGCAGCCGUUACGUCUACGUCCUGAGUGGGGCACCACUCAUGAUUGACGUGAUGAGACAGAGAAUUCGAGGCGACCAAACCGCUGCCUUCAGUUGUAUGCUCCAAGAAUGGAGUAAAAAGGUCAACGACGCUCUGACCGAAGUCAGUCGAGAAGACAUCUUCAAGAAGCCGGAGCUGUGGGCAGGCUCUGGGCUGGAUGAUAGGCAUAAGUUUACUAGAUAUUGUGGCCUGCUAUGUGGGAAAUACCACGCCACCCGGUGUCUCGCUGGAAAACGCAAAACGAAGCGCUACAAGGUGAUAUGCGGAAUGUUUAUACGAAAUCAAGGCACAUACAAUCAGCAACGGAACCCUCAGCAAAAGCACGAAGAGUUCAUGCAGCAAUCGUAG